UGCAGUCAUGUUUCAUUUGUUAAAUAGGCAUUUCAGGAUUUGUUUGAAGCUUUGUUUAGAUUAGGUUUAUUGUAGUCACUUUACUUUUGCUGGAUAUUUUUCCUUUGCAGGCAGGUUUCUUCUUUAAACUAUCAGAGACACAAACUGAGGAUCAUCAGACUUUGUAAUGUCAUCUACAGUAGAACAAGCAGUUUCAGAGCUGUCUGUCCCGGUGCCAUGGGGAGAGAUCAGAGGGAAAGUCUGGGGUCCUGAUCACGGUUAUCCUGUUCUGUGUCUGCACGGCUGGCUUGACAACUGCGGCACAUUCAAGACCCUCAUUCCCCUGCUACCUAAAGAGUGCAGAUAUGUCGCGGUGGACCUGGCAGGUCAUGGUUUGUCCUCCCAUCUUCCUCUUGGAGUUCUCUAUGGAGUUACUACACACAUGGUGCACGUGCGCAGAAUCGUUGAGGGUCUUCAGUGGAAAAAAUUCUCCAUCAUGGGCCACAGUAUGGGUGGCAACAUCGCUGGAAUGGUAACCAAGAUUCAUCUCGUGCAGCUUAUCACUGUUUUCACACAAUAUACAGGGACAAUUUUCCUGCAUUUCCUUGCUUGGUAUCAUAUAUGGUCCAAAUUGUGUUUCCUACAGUUCAGUGCACUGUAUCCUGAGAUGGUUGAUGCUGUCAUACUGCUGGACUCUUUUGGAUUCAUAUUUACGGAUUCAAAAAACCUUUCCAAAGCGAUGAGGCAGGGGAUGGAUGAGAUGCUACAACAUGAAAAAAAGACAGAAGAGAAGAAAAGAGUUUACACUUAUGAAAAGGCAGUCGAGAGGUUGUCGGCUGCAAACCCCACUCUGUCUGAACAGUCAGUGCGCAUCCUUUUAGAGCGAGGUCUAGUUCAAGUUGAAGGAGGAUUUGUGUUCUCCAGAGACCUCAGACUUAAUUUUAAAAAUAUACCGUGCAUCAGUCCGGAGCAGAGUCUGGAGAUGCAGUCGAAGAUUCAGGCCUCUGUUCUUGUUGUUCUAGGAGACAAAGGCUUUGCUGCAACAUUUCCAGAAUCAAACCAGCAGCUUCCUUCCUCCAAACUUCUCAAAGCAUAUCGUGACAGAAAUCACACGGUGGUGACGGUAUCAGGCGAUCAUCACGUCCAUCUGAAUGAUCCAGAAGCUGUCGCUCCACUUGUGUCUGACUUUCUGCGGAACAAAGUGCUCUCACAGCGGCUGCCAGCAUAGUGGACACACACACACAUACACACACACACACACUCAUUAAAUUUCAGUACGCUGUUCUCAUCUCUCUCAGAGAAGUCAUUAACAUAAUUCUGAUAUGUUACUAUUUGAUCAGUACUAUAAAGUUUCUUCAGGGACUUUGAAUAAUCAGAUCUAAAUAUAUGUAGUAACUGAAUCCAUUAUUGCUGAAAUUGCUUCUGAUUUGAAUUUACUCCAGUUACUAAAUUUAGCUUUACACACACACACACACACACACACACACACACACACAGAAGGACUACAGUAUCUCAAUGAAGGUUUUGUUUUUUUGCAUUGUUUCAUUAUGUUUGGUUAUCACCAUUUCACAUAGCAGGUCUUUAUGAUACCCUCUGCUUUGCCUGCUUCUUUAAAAAAAAGUUAUUCUUUUUAUAUGAUAGAUAUUUUUUGAGUUCUCGCUCCUAUUUUCUGAUUAUUUUUUUUAAGUCACUGAGUGCCUGUCUGCAUCUUGAUGAAGACUGGUGGACUGUGAAGACACUGGGGACAAUGAUGGAUAUUAGACUUUCAUAAUAAAAAGAAUAUAUAAUAUGUUUAUCUUUCCAAAACCCGAGUUAUUAGGUGCUUCAGUCAAAACAAAACCAAUUCCAGUAAAAUGAGAUAAAAUAAAGACGACUUUCUGGUUCUGUCCCUGACACAGUGUGAUAAAUAUAUAAAUAUAUGUAAAUAAAUAUAUUACAGUGCUGUCAGUAAACCAAACACAGCCAGAUCUGAUUCAGUUUUCAGUGCAGGACAUAUUAAUAAGAGCUGUAAACUGAUAUCCUACGUUUUUCAAAUCAUUUAUUAUUUCUUCAUGUCACUUGUGUGGCCAGGAUGUCACAUGUCAUUGUUUUAUUUGAAGCUGAUCUGUUUUAACUCGCCUUCUUUUCAUGAAUCUGACGCCUGUGCAGAAUGAGCUAAAAAUGGCAGUCAUUAAAAGAGAUGACAUCCUCUGACAACUUUUCAUCAUGUAGGCCAAUCCUCUCUGUGCUCAGCUUUUGUCUCGGAGCCAGCAAGACAAAAAAAAAAAAUCUUUUUCCCACCACUUUCACUCUGGGGAGUGACUCCAUAAAACACUGCAGCUGCUGUCAGUCAGGGCAGAUAUUAGGGGUGCUGCUCACACAAAAAUGGCCCCCUCUCUCUCUCUCUCAAUGUCACAUAAACUGUGUGAUGGCCUUGCUGUUAAAUGGAGUGGAAUUGAUUUUACGCAGCGAGCAGCAAGGCGGCGAGCAUCCAGACAUCUGAAGGGCCCUUCCUCCUCCCACUCUCCCCCCCUCCCCAAAAAAUUAUUAUAGUUAUAUAAGUUUCCCUCCCACUCCCUCCAUCCUCUCCGCCAUCAGCAGGGGUGUUGUCAUAGCAACCCCCACCCCUCCUUUUGCACGUCAGAGCCAGGAGCUUGGAGGAUGAAGCCGCAUGCAGCUUCUGCCUCUUGUGCCUCUCAGAGAGCACCUGUGAUUUUUGCCAUCUCGCAUGCAACAGUCGGAGCUGCGGAGCUGGAAAUAGUCUGAUUGAUUUGACUCGCAGCUGCUGCACAUCACAUACCAUCAAACACAGAGAGAGCAACUGAUUCGGCAGCGUCUUCAGGUAAGCACGAUGGCUUUAUUUACUACUGAGGACUAUUUUUAGAGUGCAACACCUGUGCGUGUUUUACAAAUUAAAAAUCGUGUCUGGGUCUUAUAGAGGCAGUGACAGACAGUGCGCUGCCUGCUGGAAGCCGAUUGUGUAAUGUCUUGAUUCCUGAGUGCCUCGUCCCACAGUUGUGAUCGUAGUGAGCAGGGCUUUCUAAGGAAUGACUGAAAAUAAUGGGACGCUGAGAUGCUGCAGUUUGCCAUGCAUGAUAUCUCACCCUGAAGGAUUACUUUUAAAAAAACAAA